AUGUUAUGCCAGCCACUGAAGUGGAAGACCACAUCCGUAAGAAUCUCUCGUUCUCGUCCUUGCCGUGUCGGGUUUGCAGAACCGCCCUCGCAGCAGGCGACGCGAUCCCUCAUCAUGAUUGCCAAGUGCCUACAGAACCUGGCCAACUUGGUAGAGUUCGGCGGGAAGGAACCUUACAUGGAGGUGGUGAACCCGUUCAUCCUCAAGAACAAGGAGCGCAUGAUCGUCUUCCUCGAUCAGCUCUCGAACGUGAAGGAGAAGCCGCCAUCAGAAGACAUUCCUGUGAAGAGUGAUCCAGCCAGGGACCUUGCAACCCUCCAUCAUAUCUGUGUCACCCACCUCCCUGAUAUUCAAUCCAUGGCCAAGAACCAGCCGGCUCUGAAGAAGCUGGUGACGGUGACGGAGAUCCUGACCAAGCACAAGGAACGCUACGCAGAGAUGAUCAGGUAGUGUCCCUGGCCGUUGGAAAACCGUUCUCAAAUCCCAUUGUGAUACCGUAUGCGUUUGUGUCCUGGUUGGCUCAUGUUUUUUUGCAUACCAAGUUAUCAUGUUUGGUGCCAAUUUGAUCUGCUCCUCACCCAAUGUAUUGUAAUCCAUGCUCAAGCCAUCGUAUUCACCUGCUUCUCCCUUCCUAAUUGACAUUUGUGAUACCAUCUUGCUUAUCUAAUUCCUCUAAUUUUUUUUUCCUUGCUCAGUUUUUCUAUGAGAAUAUAUCCAGUCACUGAUUUGGA